AGUUUCAUUGAUUUGCAUGUGUCUCAAAUAGAAAAAAACUUGCACGCACUGUUUCGAAUUAUACAUUUUAAAUCAGAUAUAUCUAUUCUAAAACUCGACAAAUUAUUUCAAUUUUUAAAUUCAUGUCUCACCGAUUAAUUAGCUACUAAAGAGCCGUGUUGUUUACUCUUUUUAAUUUUACCCUCAGACAAGGGGAACUUAAUAUUAUUAAUACAUGAAUUUAAAACUCAUUGGCUACCCUCUUCAAAAAAUCAACCUUAACAAACUAUCAAAGUCUUAACUAUCCUCCAUGACUAAACAACUACCAAAACUAACCAAUUCUUCCCUUCCUAUUUCCCCUCACCUUUCACUCUCCGCCGCGCACCGCCGCGUCGCCAUUGCCGUUGACCUCAGCGACGAGAGUGCAUUCGCCGUUAAAUGGGCCGUUCAAAACUACCUCCGUCCAGGAGACGCCGUCGUCCUCCUCCACGUCCAGCAAACGUCCGUCCUCUACGGUGCAGACUGGGGCACCACCACCACCUCUCAGGCUCACAAAAUCGAACGAGACUACGAGCAUUUCGCCAACAGUAAAGCGAACCAAUUGGCCUUACCGUUGGUAGAAGCGAACGUGCCGUUCAAAAUUCACGUGGUGAAAGAUAGGGAUAUGAAAGAAAGGCUUUGCUUGGAAGUGGAGAGGUUGAGAUUGAGUGUGAUGAUUAUGGGAAGCAGAGGAUUUGGUGCUUGUAAAGGAAAACUUGGGAGUGUUAGUGAUUACUGUGUGCAUCACUGUAUUUGUCCUGUUGUGGUUAUUAGGUAUCCACAACAAGAAGAUGAUAAUGGCGAUGGAGGAGUCGAGAAGAAGACGGCAGCGGAGGCUGAGCUACCACCGCUUCCGGAGGAGGACCAAGAGUAUCUUGAUGCUGAUGAUGAGCUAGAAGGCGAAUGAUUUGAUGCUGUGAAGUAGAUGGCUAUCAUGAGUUCGGAUUUUCUAGCUGCAGGAUGUAUUUAUAUAUCAAUAGGUUAAAUUGCAAAAA